GCCUUGCAAGCCGAAGAAGAUGACGAGCAGAUUGGCCAGGACCUAGAGGCAGAGCUGCUUGCAGAGCAGUUAAGCUUGGAGGAGUUGUUGCUCCAGGCUGAGGAGGGGGAGCUGCAAAGGCUUCUGGCCCAAGAAGAGGCUGAUCUCUUGCAGGCUAAGAUGGAGUCAUUGGAGACUAGGAUGGAGUUCGUCGGCGAGGUUUUGCCUCCCCCGGAAUGUGGAUCUGGGGCUAGCAGCAGCAGCAGCAUGUUCAAGAAGCUACCACCCAUGAACCCGAAGCGAUCUCUAGACUAUGAGCUGGAGCUUUCCAAGGACCCAGACAAGAGGCCAUGUAUCACACAUGAGGCUGACCACCAGCAGCCCCAGCGGGCUGCUGAUGAUAGUUUGGAUAACGUGGACACCCUGCCGAUGGACAUGGACUUGGCUGGCCUCGACGGCCAAGUGCUGUCGUGCACGGACAAGGACCUUGGCACAGGAUCGGUUCUGGUGAGUCCUGGGGAUGAACCUCUAAAGAUUCCGGAGGGUCAAGCGAAAGAGCGCGAGCCGACGAUGCGUGUUUCUGAUGAUGAAGGGGCCGCAGCUAACUCUGACGAUGAUGGUGUCAGCCUUGGGACUGUGCACUACACGGAUGAUGAACGUGCUGGCGCCGAGAAAGUAUUGGAAGACAAGCUACCUGAGUGUCCCGACAAGGACACUUUCAAGCCCCUGUCGCCAAAGGAGCAACAGCUUGCAGUGCCAAAGCCUGCAAAGACGACAAAGAAAGUGCUGUGUGAGGCAGGGGCUGAAGAGCCUCUUGAUGUAACACUGCAACAGGCUGGAGAAGCAGAGCCCCGGGGCAGGGGCCGAGGCCGUGGCCGUGGGCGGGGUGGGGGAAAGGGGAAUGGACGGGGCCGCAAGCGCACAGUGCAUGAGGAGGAGGACGAGACGAGCAAAGCAGCACUCACCCCUACAGAGCCUGAUGAAAGUGAAGCCGAUGAGGUGUCGGAGGCAGUGGAGGAGGAAGAGGACGGAGAGGAACCCAAGCCCAAGAUCGGGAGGAAGGGAGGCCCGAAAGCGAAGACAGAGGAGGAAGAGGACGAAGAGGAACCCAAGCCCAAGACCGGGAGGAAGCGAGGCCCCAGCGUAAAGAACGACACGGCUGCAAAGGAGUAUAAGUCUAAGGCAAAGGCAAAGCCCAAAGCAAUGGCAAAGAACAGCGCAAAGCCUGCAAAGGCUACAAAGGCCGAGGUUUCCAAGACAACGCGGGGUCUUAGCAGCAAGAGCAAGGGUAUCGAUGAUAAGGUUGCAGAGCAGAAAGCGAAAAAGUCGAGGAAAUCUGUGGCCUACCACAAAGCAAUGGCACAGGCUACGAGUGAAGGCAAGCCACUUCAAGCCUGCAAGAAAGCAGCACAGGAUGCAUACAAGGCCACGGAUUGA